UCACUCACACACUCAAACCCUUAUCUCUCUUCAUAUUCUAUCAAAACACCAAAAUUAGAAGCUGAAAAAGAACAAGAAAAAAAAAAAAUCAAGAUAACUCAGAGCCCUCUCCUCUCUCAGAAACCUAAGCAUCUCCAAAUUUUUUUUUCAAAUGGAAAUUUCUUCAAGGACUUGCUUUCCUUUCCUAUCCACCGAAACGGUGCCGCUUCUCAAGCCUCCAUUUCAUACAUCCUCUCCUUCUCUCAGGAUUCUGGCUGCGCGUCCUGUUAACCUGCGCAUGGGUCGUACUGUUGUUACCUGCGCUACGGCGUCGACUGGAAACCGCGCUCCCAGCGGCAUUAUGAAGCCGAGGCGAGUCUCACCUGAAAUGGCAGACUUUGUUGGUGCUCCUGAGGUCUCUCGCACCCAGGUUCUCAAGCUUAUCUGGGCCCAUAUAAAGGAGCGCAAUCUUCAGGACCCUAGUAACAAGAAGAACAUAAUUUGUGACGAGAAGUUGAAGAAGAUAUUUCCUGGUAGAGACCAGGUCGGAUUUCUUGAGAUUGCUGGGUUGAUUAGUCCUCACUUCCUCAAAUGAAGUUCAAGGGGAUGAACUCCAGUCUUCGUGGAUCAUCUUUCCUUCCUGUGGCAGGGCUAUCUUUUUUGUUGAUGAUAAUAGCCAAAAUUAUGCCUGCUGCUGUCGGCAAUUUCUGUUUUUAGUUCAAUUUAGUACUUGCUUACAGAACUAGCCUUGUUAAGGAUUUUGCUUAUGGAUCCCCUAAAUAGUAGGAUUUUCACGAUGAUAUUGCUGUCUGCAGUUUAUGCUUCUGUUGAUGAAUCUUAAUUUAGGUUGAAUCAAGGAUGCAGCAGCUGUGGUUCUGGCUA